AAAUUUCGAAUUUUUAAUUGUAUUAGGUUUUAUACGAAAUAAAUAUCGGUAGCAGUAUAAGAAAUAACAUAUUUGUGCCAUUUUUUAAACAACAUAAGUGUCGAAUUCGUACGUACUGAGUGUUGCAAAUAUACUUAAAUAACUCCCAAUGACGACGAUUCGCAAGAAAUUGGUAAUUGUCGGCGAUGGUGCCUGCGGUAAAACUUGCCUUCUGAUUGUCUUUAGUAAAGACCAAUUUCCAGAGGUCUAUGUACCGACCGUCUUCGAGAAUUAUGUUGCCGAUAUCGAAGUCGAUGGCAAACAGGUGGAGUUGGCCUUAUGGGAUACGGCUGGUCAGGAGGACUACGACAGACUUCGACCACUGAGUUAUCCCGACACGGAUGUUAUUCUUAUGUGUUUCUCAGUGGACUCACCCGAUUCACUAGAAAAUAUCCCUGAAAAAUGGACGCCAGAGGUCAAACAUUUUUGUCCGAAUGUUCCAAUCAUUCUGGUAGGAAAUAAGAAAGAUUUACGAAAUGAUCCCAACACAAUUCGGGAUCUCGCAAAAAUGAAGCAGGAGCCGGUUAAGCCGCAAGAGGGACGCGCUAUGGCUGAGAAAAUUAAUGCCUUUGCCUAUUUGGAAUGUUCGGCCAAGUCCAAAGAGGGCGUGCGAGAUGUGUUUGAGACAGCAACCAGAGCUGCAUUGCAAGUCAAAAAGAGGAAGAAGACCAAAUGCCUUUUGCUCUAAAAGAGCAAAUAACAAACUCUACACAUUACAAAUCAUACAUACACACACACAGACCUUUUACAACAAUAACCACUACUACAGCAACAACAACAUGCGAAAUCCUGCAAAUAUAAACCCACAGCAGAAGAAAAGAAAAACAAAAUCAAAAACAAAAACCAGCCACUCACAUGUAUACACAUUUUUGUAAAACUCUGCACAACAACAACAAAAACGGCAACUAUAAUUACAAACUGGCAAACUGGCAAACUGUCAAAUGCGGAUUUGAUUUUAUAUACAGUCUAAAGUAGUUAUUAACCGAAAGAAAACAAUAAAACAUUGCAUUAUUAUUUGUAUCUUAAGGCAUAAAUCAGUCAACAACAACUACAACAAAAUAUAUAUGUAUACAUUUA